UAUUGAGAAAGAGAAAUCAUCAUCUGUAUAUAUAUAUAUAUUUGCACUUGUACGCUGUUGACUUAUAAAGUGUUGCUGAAUUAUUAUAAUUAAUGUUUGUAUUAUACAAAAUCCAUUUUCUAAACAUAUAAAUUCAGAAAAGAAACCAUCACUAUGGACGUGUUUUUGAUGAUUCGAAGAAAAAAAUUGACAAUAUUUACCGAUGCAAAAGACACCACUACCGUCUCUGAACUCAAAAAAAUUAUCGAAGGUAUACUCAAGAUUCCACCACAGAAUCAACAACUCUUCAACAAAGACAACACGGUUAUGGAAGAUUCCUACAUGCUUCAGGAUUAUGGACUGACAGCAACCACAGCAAAAGCCCAAAGUCCUGCCACUGUCGGCUUGGCAAUCAGAGAUGACAGCGGAAUAUUUGAGCAACUGGAUCUAGUUCCUUACUCUGCUCCUCCAGAUUUACCAGAUGUAAUGAAAUCCCAGGAGAGCAACAGUCAAGAGCAAUCAUCUUGAGCUUGUGCAUACUAGCUGUAAUGUUUAUUUCUCAGUUCUAUUUUUUUUUUAAACAAAUUUUAAUUGUGUUCCCUAUGAAGAUCUGCGUCUAAGUAACAGUAAUGGGUACACUCUGAUGGAUGUUGCAUGCUUAGGAAUGUAUUUUAAGGAUUGAAUAGAAGAUACCUAAAAAUAAACUCGUUUUUAUUAUGUGUUCUGUUAACUUGCAACUUUACCAUGUAUACCUGUUUUCAAUUUUAUUUAUUAAUAAAUGAAUUUAGUUUUCAAUAAAG